AUGGAAAAUGAUGAAGAAACUACUUUUGGAAAUAGAAUGAUCUGUGUAGUUGUAUUCAAUUUAACUCAAAAUGACUGUUUUGAGGGUAUAAACAAAACUUAUGGGAAUCAUUUGUGGUGUGUUCACACAAUUUCAAGUUUACAAAAUUGUCUAAAAUUAGUAGAUGUAAAAGAGCUAAUAAAAAGUCUAAGCAGUAGAAUCACUUCUCCUUUGCUUUCCGCUCCUUACAGCAAAGUCGAUUUGAAAUGUCUCUUGGUCUUUGACAAACCAAGUCGGUCAGUGGACCCUCUUCAAAAUGCUGCUUGCUAUUUGUCUCAAUUAACUGUUCAAAAUUUCAUCCACAAACUCCUCGUCAUCGGUGAAUUAGUAGAGCUCUCAACGACACUAUUAAAGGCACAAUCCAAGGAAAUCUCAGAAGAAAAUAAGACUAUCGGUCGGUUACUGAAUUUGAAUGCGAAAUAUUCGUGCAACCGUACGCAAAGUGAUUCAUCAAGUUCACAUUGUUGGGAUGAUUUCCUCCAAAAAUUUUAUUUGAAGGACCUAAAAGCCACAAAUGGCAAGAAAAAUCCUAAUGAUCCCAUUGCUAUGAAAGUCAGCGGAAACAACAGCCAUUUAUCUGCUUUAACAGCACAUGAGAAGCCUCAAGCUGAGGUACUGCAUCAAUGUAUAGCGAAAAAAGAAAAAAAACAUCAAAUCUAA